UGUAGCUUCAAAAGGCGACCCGAACCAACGGUGUUAUCCGGCCAUGCCAUUCGACCACCAAACCGCUUUGACGAGAACCGACAUUCUAACCAGUUGGCCGCAGCCCUCUCACCGUACGCUCGUCUCAUCUAGCAACUCCAGAGUGUGCUUGUCGCCUUGCCCGCUUACAGCCCCUGCGCUGACAGAGCCCGGGCGCAUUCCGCAUUCCGCAUUCCGCAUAAGCUGUAACUAUCACCGCAACUACAACUACCACUACCACCAUAGCUAUCGCUAUGAUCUCCAGGUAAUCCGGUCCUCCUGAGCAAUACGCUGUAGCCCACCCCCGUCACCUAGACGGCCCGGCAGUCUGGGACGCUGGCCGGAUCUGAGCCAUGUUCUCCAAUCGGGAAGCCCGUAUGUCCAUGGACAGCCUGACGUCGCCCUUAUCACCGAAUCGCAACGAGUUCCCCUUCCAUCGACAGGCCUCCGUGUCGUCCUACUCCGCCAACAGACGAGGUUCGAAUGCUAGUUCCGUACAUUCAAUCGGAGGACACUUGGAUACUGCAAGCAACUGGGGAAAAGUCUCGGAAACUGGGCAAAAUGCCAUCUCGACUUUGUUACAGCCUCCCAUCGUGCGAACCGGCUUGCUGCCACACACUUCCGCCCCUGCCUCGAUCGCUCACAAGCAACCGACUACGAGAGACAUCCCCCCCGUGACUUUGACCAACAUACCCCGUGUUGAUCCUGCCGAAUUUAAGCCCUACCUGUCACAGGUUGGCGCUCUCUAUGAACAACUACGCCGCGUCAGAGAGAGUGACGAAGAUGCUGCGGAUCAGGUCUUCAGAAGAAAGUCGGAGCUCCCAGAUCUGGCAGAGGACGGCCAUCUUACCCCGGGAACCGGUCGCGGCCGACCCAUGGGCUCCCGUAAAGGCUCAAAUGCCUCCUUGGUCUCCAUGUCUCCUAUCGAGCCCCCCCAACUACGCAGGAGGUCGAGUUCGGGCUACGGUCGGAGGGUAGCUCAGGGACCCCCUCCACUGAACACCAUCCCAAAUGUCUACUUCGACGAAGAGUUCCAUCUGGAAAACCCCCGCACCUUUGAUGUGGUGAGUGAGAGGUCCGAAGUUGUCCGGCCUGCCCCAGGAUCAGUAGAGGACAGAAAUGCCGCAAAUGGCAGUGCCGUUGCUCCGCGGAAAGCUCUCGCUACGAAUGCUAUAUUGCAAGAAAAGCUCUCCUGGUACAUGGACACCAUCGAGAUGCACUUGAUCAACUCGAUAUCCACAGCAUCGACCACGUUUUUCACAGCUCUGGGAUCUUUGAGAGAGCUCCAUUCCGAAGCCGCCGAAUCCGUGGAUAGGAUCAAGACGCUGCGCACUGAACUAGAGGCAUUGGACCACGAGAUUGCCACGACUGGCCUGGAUAUUGUUCAAAAGCGUAGGCGGAGAGAGAACUUGCAGCAAUUGAACAGUGCUGUGCAGCAACUUCGUGAAGUCGUGGAAGCUGUUGCAAAGUGCGAGUCCCAAGUCGACUCCGGAGAGGUGGAGAAUGCUCUGCAAAGCAUCCAAGGCUUAGAGGAUCUGAUUGCUGGACGAAAGAGGCCAGCUGCUCCUGGUGCGAAGCAAGACGCUGGGCCGCCUUUAUUGGAUCUGAGAGAAGCAACUGCUCUCCAAGGUGUCACUACCGACAUAUCAAGUUUACGGUUCCGUAUUGGCAAAGCCUUCGAAUCCAAGUUCAUUGACAUACUACUUGGAGAUAUGCGGCGUCACGUUGAUACCGUUUCCAACCCAGAAGUUCUGCUCAGAUGGAGUGCUUCGGCCACGCGAGUUCGGCUCAGCAGAGAUCCCUCGGCUUUUCCGGCUUAUUUGGCCGCGACUGAAAAGUUGCGAUCGGACCUCCUGCCUGUGGUCGCCGGGCUACACCAGUCGAAACAUGUCACUAUAGCUAUAGCGUCAUAUCGCGAGGUCGUGCUGCGAGAGAUUCGGGUUCUGAUCAGACGGCCGCUUCCAAGCUCGAAUGACGAUGACAACAUGACAAUUAACUCUACAUCUACCACAAGCGUGAACAGGCUAUCCCAGCAGGAGAAAUCAUCAAUACUUGCGCGCAAUCUAAGGGCGCUGGAUCCCCAGGAUGCCGAAGAGCUAUUCCAAAAGAUUUACAUCAGUGUUACCGAGACACUGCGGAGGUUGACAACCCAAGUGAAAGUCCUCUUCGACGUGGCUAGCUCCAUGGGUGAAACUCCAGACCCAACUUCCGGCGCACGCUCGCCUACAUCACUAAAAUCGCCCCCACUUAAUAGUGCGAAUCGGGACCUGCAAGAGGACAUCCAUCUGACCAUGGACAUGGCAAACCUGCUUGGACAGGCUGUAGACAUCUCGCAAGAUAAGAUCGUCAAGGUGUUACGGGUAAGAUCAGAACAGAGCUCGCAUCUUCCACUCGUUUGGUUCCUACGAUACUUUACCCUGAAUUUGUACUUUGCGAACGAGUGCGAGUCAAUAUGCGGCCGCAGUGGUACUGCCUUGAAAAACGUUGUGAACACGCAUAUCAAGGACUUCAUCCAAUAUCACGGGGACCAAGAAAAACAAAAACUUGCUCAGAGCAUGGAAUCUGACCAGUGGAGUGCAAAAGACUUUGCUGAAAAGGACACUGCUCUUCUCGAUCGUAUCCUAGAGUCAAGCACGAAAGAUGCAGAAGCUUGGUCGGAGGGAAAGCAGAUCUGGACCCCCUUGUCACAGGAAGAGUCUGCACCAAAUGGGCGGCCGCGCGCUGAAUCCAACGGCACAGCUCCAAAAGAGAAGACCCGAACUGCCUUGAUAGAAGGCGAAUCCUUCAUUCUUCCGAAUUCCGCCAUUCUCUGUCUAGAGGGCAUGACUCACUUCCUGCACCUCAUAGCCGGCAUCCCUUCGAUGGCCUCGGAUAUCUCUUCAUCACUCAUCGCGUACUUGCAACUGUUCAACAGCCGAUGUACCCAACUCAUCCUCGGUGCUGGUGCUACUCGUUCUGCAGGGUUGAGGAAUAUCACUACCGGGCAUCUUGCUCUAGCGGCGCAAGCACUAGCUUUUAUUUCUACCCUGAUACCACAUGUUCGGGAGUUCGUCAGGCGGCAUGCCGGCACUGGCCCCAAUGUCAACAACGCAUCGGUGUCUUCCUUGAUGGGUGAGUUUGACAAGGUGAAACGACUAUUCCAAGAGCACCAAAACAGCAUAUACGACAAGCUUGUCGAGAUUAUGAGCGGCCGCGCUGCAGCACAUACCAAGAGUAUGAAGCAGAUCGAGUGGGACAGGCCACCAUCUGAAAAGGACGGCGAGAUCGGGGCGAACGUCUAUAUGGAGACGCUGGCCAAAGAAACGGUCAAGCUUCAUCGGGUUCUGACCAAGUACCUACCGGAGGGCACCGUGCGCUUGAUCAUGUUGCCAGUGUUCGAUAGCUAUAAAACCCAGCUGGGCAAAGCACUUCAGGGGCUUGAUGUCAAGACGGGCAUCAGCGUCAAACGCAUGCAAUCCGACAUCAACCAUCUGAACAAUAAGCUCUCCAAAAUUGACGGAUUCGGAGAUACGGGCGAUUAUCUCCUCAGCAUCGUCAACUCGAAGAAGGUGGACUCGUCGCCGCCCGCCGUCCCAGAGAAGAACAGGCCCGAGGCAAAGGCCGGCGAUGAUGUUAAAGCGGAGGAGAAGCCGAACGGCACCGAAGCCGAGAAGAAGGACGGCGACUCCAAGUAGUAGGAUAUGAAAGCGAUGUUUUUUUUUUUUUUACAUUUUGAUUAUUUUUAAAUUUGUAUUUCUUUAAUGCAUGGGCCGGUCGCGAGCACAGGCUGGGCGUUUCUAGAAAGAAAGAAAAAGUCUCUGGUUCUUUCACAACCCUACCGAGGGGGCGGGGGGCUGAUUAUGAUUCAAGGUUGGUGGGCCGGGCGUGCG